GUUAGCGGUGAAAGAACGGCGGAUGAACGUCAACGGUGACUUGAUUUCGAAUAUUUUUACCGAACGCUUUUGAUAUAAAUAUUAUAUAGUGAGAGGCGUCGACGGGGUGGGGAUGUGGAGCCGUUCGUAAAGAGCAGUCCGUCCGCAAGCAGGCAACAUCAAUGUCGCCUCAGCAGAAAAAGGAAACCGUGUGACAAAAACCACUCGUAACGCCUCCAUAGGCAUAACCUCCUAACUCCUGCCCACCGUAAGUGUGAAAAGUGGGGGCGAAAUGUCGCCGUCGGAUUGGUGGAGCCGCUUGAGCUGACACCCUCGCGACCAAUCGCGUCGCGUCCGUGUCAUUAACACAGUCAGUGUCGAAUCUGCGGGUUUCCUGCUAUAGUCGUCGCUCACACUUAACCCGGGAAGGAGGUGUCAGACUUCACACUCACAACCACCCCGAGUUCACUCAGUGCUAGUGCGUGGUGCAGUGCGGUGAUGUGAUAUACAGGGCCGGAUUCGGAUCAUGCGUUUCGAUACGACCCUGGAGCCACCCCUCGACGCCAAAGUGAAGACCACGAUGGCCUACCACCCCUUCCUGCAGCUGCCGCGCCAGACGGACUUCAGCGUCAGCUCGCUGCUCACCGCCGCCUCCAGCAGCAAUCCGGCGGCGUCGCCGCCCACGCCCGGAUUCUUCCCGUCGGCGGCGCUCGCCGCCUUCGGAUCGCAGACGUCGCACGGCUGCUACCCCGGCACGCUCAUUCCCAAAAUCAACCACCCCCAUCCGCAUCACGCGCUCUCGGGACACCCCUACACCACCGCCGAGGACGUGGUGCUGGCCGCCGUCGCCGCCCACAACCACCAUCCGGGGAUGGUGCGACCCCUCAGGGCGAUACAACCAGAAGAAGAUGGGGUGGUCGACGACCCCAAAGUCACACUUGAAGGAAAAGACCUCUGGGAAAAAUUUCACAAACUAGGCACGGAAAUGGUCAUCACCAAAAGCGGCAGGCGUAUGUUUCCUGCCUUCAAAGUACGCGUAUCGGGCUUAGACAAAAAAUCCAAAUAUAUCCUACUAAUGGACAUCGUAGCUGCUGACGAUUGUAGAUAUAAAUUCCAUAACAGCCGAUGGAUGGUGGCGGGGAAGGCCGAUCCUGAAAUGCCCAAACGGAUGUACAUCCAUCCUGACAGUCCAUCGACAGGUGAACAGUGGAUGCAAAAAGUCGUCUCUUUCCACAAACUCAAACUCACCAACAACAUCUCCGACAAGCACGGCUUUUUGAAAGAAAAAGCGGUUGAUUUCCUGACGAUACUCAACUCCAUGCACAAAUACCAGCCACGGUUUCACCUCGUGAGGGCCAACGACAUUUUGAAGUUGCCCUACUCGACGUUUCGGACGUACGUCUUCAAGGAAACGGAGUUCAUCGCAGUGACAGCGUACCAAAAUGAGAAGAUAACGCAGCUCAAGAUCGACAACAAUCCGUUUGCUAAGGGGUUCAGGGAUACGGGGGCGGGAAAGAGGGAGAAAAAUUUCAGGCAGGCGAUGCUGGCGCAGAGACACACGGAUGAUAAGACGUCACAUCCGCUUCCUGCGAGGAUGUCGGCGGAUAGCAGUACGGUAUCAAAGACUGAUGACUCGGAAUUGGAUGUUGUGGGGACGGCGGAUAGUCCCAGGCCGUCCCUGCAUGCCUCCACGCCGAUUGCGUCUUCACUUAAUCAUUCCGGCACCGAAGACGAUUCCCUUCGACGGCGCCUCCACGACGACUCCGGUUCCGAAUCCUCGUGCUCGGAAUCUCCCGGAGCCUUCCGGCCGCGGCCCUCCUCCCCAAAGGACACAGCCGCCGGUCCUUCCAACCCCUCCGGCGAGUACCCCUCGCCCAACAUCAGCGUAGGCCCCCCAAUCCACCCCCCGCCGCACCUGCUCCCGUACCUGUACCCCCCCGGCCUGUACCCCGGCGCCGGAGGCCCCCCAUUCGCCCCCCAUUUAAACCUAUUUUCAGGGGCGCACGCUCCCGGCAUGAACCCCAGUCUCCUCUUCAACGCUCAACUCGCCCUUGCCGCCCAACACCCAGCCCUCUUCUCCCACUACCAGAAUUUGGCUCACCCCAACCCCCACCACCUGUCGCCCACCUCCCCGUUGCACAACCAUCUCAAGGGGGGGCAUAGGUUUACUCCAUACACGUUGCCCACCUCCAAUUCGGGGGGGAGUGCGUUCGAAACGGUUACUCCCAGCUCGCACACGAGGAGUUUGAGUAAUUCCCCCUCGGGGAAAAUCAGGGGGGGGUCGAUGUCGCCCCCAGUGAGGCCCAACACGGCCUCCCCCAAGCCGGAGGCGGCGACCUCCCCCAGCGACCUCAAGAGUAUAGAAAAAAUGGUAAAUGGACUCGAUGUUAAACAAAACGAAGACAAUGACAAGUAGUGAAAGUGAUCCUAAGUUUUAGUUGGCCGUACUGAUAUAUACGGGGUGUUUUUGCAAUAGAUUAUUUUGGAUUUUUGUGAUUUUUGCACAUGAAAUUACCGUAAAGUGCUUUUCUUAUUGUAGCUUACAAAAAAGUACAAAAUGUAUGUGAAUUGAGGCAGAUUUUUUUAAUCCGACUUUAUUUGGUGCUAUGCUGAUUCUGUUUGACCCUAUAAAAGGAAUAAAAUUUAGAGGAGGGGGUCACUUCUAGACUUUAUUCCUCCUCAAUUAGUGAUCCUGUAGACUGUUGAAGCUUUUGUAUAAUAAUAAUAUUAUUAAACUAAGAGACACGAUAGAAGAGUUAAUGUUCCUUUUACUAUUAUUGCAAUUAAUUUAAAUAAUUAUGUAAAUAGUGUUUGUACGUAAACGCGUAAACAUCUGUAUAUAAUGGUUGUUUUUGUGUUUUAUGAAAAACUGUAAAUUGUAAAUUACUCCUAUAACAACUAGAAUUGUAUAUUAGAACUCAAAAUUAAUUUAUAUUUCUACCAAAGAAUUUCAAUGGUUUUUGCAUCAACACCUGACCAAAAACCAUGAGAAAUAGUGAAUAUAGCAAUAAAAAAGUACAUAAACCAUAAAAAAUUUCUCGAAACUCAAACAUUGUACAUAAAUAUAGUUCAAAUGUACAUUUCUUUAUUGACAUGCUUUUGAAAUCCUCUUUCUUCUGUUUAUAUCGUUGAAAAGUACCAGCGUUAAAACAAAAUUGUUUCUAUUUAUUAUUAUCGAAAUUUUUAUUUUUAAAUACUAUCAUUAUUUAACGCUGGUACUAAAAAAUUAUUAAAAUCUGUAUUAAAGUAGAAGAUGUGAAAAUUGUCUUGUGUAUAUGUGGAAUACUUUUAAGAA